ACCAAACAAACAACCCACGCGCUCCCCUGUCAUUGUCCAUCAUACCUGCCGUAGUGGAUCUCACCUGAUGUUAAAGGGGGUCUGAGUGAGACAUGGGGGACGUCCAAACCGUCCAAACCCCAAACCGACACCGAAGAGGGUCUUCAACUUCCCCGAAGACCCCGCUCAGGUUCAGGUGUGGUUUGGUCCUGGUCCUAGUCUUGGUCCUGGUCCAGCUGUAGGACCCGCCUUCCUGCUGUCAGGAUGAGAAUCAUGAGACUGGAACACGGACUCUAACAGGAAACGCAGCAGAGGAACAACACACCGAGACGACGGGUCGGCUGCACAUGAGCUGGUGUAAGGAGAGGGGGCGAGCGACAUACACAAACACAGGGAGAGAGAGAGAGAGAGAGAGAGAGGGCAGCUGGAGGCGACAAGGAAAGCUUCAGUAGUAAAGAGAGAGAGAAAGGAAGAGGAGGCAGCCUGACGGAGCAUGAAGGAGCGGCUGAGUUUCUGAGAACUACAAAACGGUAGCGAUGGGAAACACAGACAGUCACAGCAGCUUCGUCCCUCCUGCCAAAACCUCCGGCUCGCUCAGGUUCUCCUCCAGGAGGGAGGAGACGCCGUCAGCCCGCAGCUGGUGGAGGAGCAACCAGGGAGGCAGCAGGACCCGGGGGAGGAGCUACCAGAACCAGAACACCACCUGGCGCUACGAACACACGGCUAAGACAGGUAGAGGUGGAUCCAAACUCAGAGCCGGGUCCCCUCAGACCUUCAGGAACCAGUUUGGAUUUUUAGAGAGCGGCAGUGGGAAUAACGAGCGGACGUCUUUGCAGAGCGGCGGCAGCCCGAAGGUGCUGCUCAGCAAGGAUGGCAGCAUGAGGGUGGAGUUCACCAACAGCAGGGUGGAGGCACAGGGGCUCAGUGGACUCCCGACCACCCACGGCUCCACCCCGCCAGUGGGCGACUCCUCACUACGCACCAGUAAAGGCAGCUCGCUCAGCUCCGACGGCUCCUGGUACGACUCGCCGUGGGGGAGCGGAGGUGGCGAGCUUGCCGACAACGUGUUCGUGUGCGGGGAGAGCGUGGCGAACAGCAGCGGAUACACCACCUCCUCCUCCACCCGCACGGAGGAGACCGCCACCUCCAGGAGCGGAUACAACACAUUCUUCCCGGCACAGGUGGAUAUCUCACCUGGAUUCACCUCCAGGCUCCUGUUCCCCGCCACAGAGGCGAGUCAGUUCACCUCCACCUCCUCCGCAGGAUACAACACCUGCUCCUCCGGACGGACGGAGGACAGCGGCAUCGGAGACUCUCUGAUCCUGCAGCCAGACCUGCAGGACUUCAGCGUGGACGACGUGUACUCCAGCCACAACACGCUGCCCGCCUUCCCCAUCACACCUGACGCCCCCCUGCAGCAACUAAGGACCGCCUCGUCCUCGGCGCUGCUGGAUGAUGUCAUCCAGGAGGAGGAGGGGUCAGGAGGAGGAGGCGUGGAGAAGUGUUACUCCUCCCUGACGUUGCCUUGUCGUAGAUCUGAGGCCGUCGGCACCUCGGUGACCUCGGGCCGCAAAGACUUCCUGAAGAGUCGGAUCAGACAGCUCAGCGACUGGACGGGGAGUCUGAGCAGGAAGAAGAGGAGGAUGCAGGAGCCGUACGGCAGCGACUCCAGUGAUGUUUUCACCAACGGUCUGGACUCUGGGCUUGGUGGCAGCAGCACCCUCUGGUCCUCCAACCCUCUCCACACUCUGAGCCUCAACCAGGACCAGUUCCUACCAUUCCACAGCGGCUCCUCCAGAAGUCUGAACCAGAACCAGAGCCAGAUCAGCGACGCCCAGAGGCAGAACGUCUACGAAAACUUCAUGCAGGAGCUGGAGACGGGCUGCAGCAGCGCCGCAGACCCCACCGAGCCUUCAGAGGGGGAUGGAGAGGAGGAAGAGGAAGGAGAGGGGGAGGAGGAGAUGGACGGGGAGGUGGAGGUGGGAGGAGGGGGGGAGCAGCUGGAUGUCCUGUUUGAGAAGGAGCAGGGCGUGGUGAGACGGGCCGGAUGGCUCUCUUUCAAAGCUCUCAUCGCCAUCAACAAGGACAGGAAGCUGGAGCUGGUGGCUCGCCGCAAAUGGAAACAGUACUGGGUCACACUGAAAGGUUGCACUCUUCUGUUCUACGACACUUAUGGGAAAACCAUCAGCGCCGACCGGGAGCUUUCUCCUCGCUACGCUCUGCUGGCCGACGACAGCAUCGUCCAGGCCGUCCCCGAACAUCCCAAGAAGGAACACGUCUUCUGUCUGAGCAACGCACACGGGGAUGUCUACCUUUUCCAGGCCACAAACCAGACCGACCUGGAGAACUGGGUGACGGCGAUCCACUCUGCGAGCGCCUCGCUGCUCGCCAAGCGUCAGGGGAAGGAGGACACGCUGCGCCUCCUGCGCUGCCAGAGCCGAUCGCUGCUGCACAAGAUCGACAUGGACGGGAAGAUGAAGAAGAUGGCCGAGCUGCAGCUGUCCGUCAUCAAAGAGCAGAAGAACAGGAAGGCGGUGGAGAGCCAGAUCCAGCAGUGGGAGCAGAACCUGGAGAAGCUGAACCUGGAUCUGUUCCGGCUCCGGUGUUACCUGUCCAGCUUGCAGGGCAGCGAGCUCCCCAACCCGAAGAGCCUCCUCGCCGUGGCCAGCCGGCCCUCCAAGAGCAUGCUGGGACGUCUGGGGGUCUUCUCCGUGUCCUCCUUCCACGCCCUGGUGUGCAGUCGAGAUGAGGAGGUGCUGAGGAGGAGGUGGAGGUCUCUGUCGGGUGGAGGUAGCAGGAGGCGGGGCUUGCCGUCUUCUCUGAAGGUUCUGGAUGGAGCAAACAGACGCAGCAGGGAGAGCAGAACCUCUACGACCCAGACGGUGGAGUGUGUGUCCAAUCAGAGGGAGGCAGCGCCCUCUGCAGGACGUCCUGCAGCUCUACAGGUUUGUGACGAGCAGGUUCCUCCCCUCGAGGUUUUCACUCUGAGCGUCUGUCGAAGCAACGCAGCGGAGGACUUCGGUUUUGCAGUGACGGGUCACGUGGACGGAGCAGGAAGGAGUCACAUCUACGUCAGUGAGGUGGAGCUGCAGGGACUCUCAGCCGGAGAAGGCCUCAGAGCCGGAGACGAGGUCCUGGCUGUGAACGGGCUCUCUGUGUCCGGUCUGGACCUGGACCUGAUGCAGAGUCUCUUCAGCCACCAGAGGCUUCAGCUGCUGCUCCGGAGAGAUGAGUCACCAGACCCUGAUGAGCCCGCCGGCGUCUGGCCUGACGCAGGGGUGCCCAUGCAGCCCCUGGCCCCCACAGACCCCCAGAGCUGGACCACGGGUUCAUCUCAUUCCCUCUUCGCUCCACACGGCGUCAAGCUCCCUGCGUCUGACAGUGUUUCAUCCAAACUGUCUGAAGAGGCAGAGCAGCCGAACGUGGAUCAGGUCUACUCUCUGUACCAGACGUUCCCAGAAUGCAAAGCAGCAGAGACACAUGUUCCCAAGAACCCGUACAGCAGAGAGGCAGGGCUUCAGCCUGCAAGCCCCGCCCACCUUAAUGUGUGUCAGCGCCUGAGGAAAGUCAUUCAGGAACUGGUGGACACCGAGAAGUCCUACGUCAAGGACCUGGUGUGCCUCUUUGACGUCUACCUGACUCCCCUGCAGCAGGAGACCCUCCUCAGUAAAGAAGAGAUGGAGGCGUUGUUCGGAUGUCUCCCUGAGAUGUUGGACUUCCAGAAAGUCUUUCUACAAACUCUGGAGGAGAGGAUCGCGUCCUGUCCGAACUUCAGUGACCUGGAAACACCUGCACAGUUCAAGAAACUCCUCUUCUCGUUGGGAGGAUCAUUCCUCUACUACGCCGACCACUUCAAGCACUACAGCGGCUUCUGUGCAAACCACAUCAAAGUGCAGAAAGUCCUGGAGAGAGCCAAGACAGACGCAGCCUUCAAGCACUUCCUGGAGGCGAGGAAUCCGACCAAUCAGCACUCGUCUUCUCUGGAGUCGUACCUGAUCAAGCCGGUUCAGAGAGUCCUGAAGUACCCGCUGCUGCUGCGAGAGCUGGUGUCACUGACGGACUCCGAGAGCCCCGAACACACACACCUUACAGAGGCGCUGCGAGCGAUGGAGAAAGUGGCGAGUCACAUCAACGAGAUGCAGAAGAUCUACGAGGACUACGGCUUCGUGUUCGACCAGCUCGCUGCAGAGCAGAGCGGAGCUGACAAACAGGAGAUCUCGAUGGGGGAGUUUCUGGUCCACUCGUCGGUGGUUUGGCUGAACCCUCUGCCCUCUCUGGGCCGUCUGAGGAAAGAUCCAGAGCUCACACUGUUCGUGUUCAAACGAGCCGUCAUCCUGGUGUACCGAGAGAACAAGCUGAAGAAGAGGAUGACCGGACGCUCAGCUGAUUUGGACCCCUUCAGGUUCCGUUGGUUAAUCCCAGUUUCAGCGGUUCAGGUCAGACCGGCUAACGUCACAGGCUCAGAGAACCCGUGUGUUUGGGAGCUGGUUCACAGUCGCUCAGAGGUGGAGGGGCGACCAGAGACGGUGUUUCAGCUCUGCAGCAGUGAUUUGGAGUCGAAGGCUAGCGUCCUGCGAGCUCUGCGCUCCCUCCUCAGAGACCGAGCACCCUCAGGCUCCCUGAGGAGGACCAGACUGUCCACGGCAGAGAGGAACGGCUCCUGGAGCAGGAGGCGGCAGCAGCGAUGUCGCUUCGACACGCAGUGGUCGGCUCCCCGUAAACCGGAGGAGAGCUGCAGACACGACGGCCGGCUGAUCCUGGGAGAGACGUGCUCCGAGCCGCUGCUGCCCAGCUGCUCGUCCGCCUCCGACCCCGCGGGGAAGAGGAGCAGACUCUGCUCCCUGACCAGCGAGCUGGAGGCUCAGCUGCAGAGGCUCAACUUCACCGAGGUGGAGGCGGAGACAAGAGGAGCGGCGGCGACAGCGACGGUGUCCGGCAGCGAGGAGGUGAAGAGGCGGAGCUCCAGUCUGCGGCGAGGAGACGGUGCGGACUACGGAGGGGUGCUUGAAAGAGACUUCAGCGUUCAGAGCAUGACCUCCAUCAUCAACGAGGACUGUUUCUUUGACAACAUGCUCGGGAUGCAACAGGCGGCUGUGCCCUCGCUACAAGGCUAAGCUAACAUGCUAACGUGGAGGAAGCUGUCAGACUUCAGAGGGAAACUAAACUUAAAGAGACCGGAGCUGAUUUAAAUCUGACCUCCACGAGCAGGAAGAUCAACCAGAAGAGCAGACAACGAAACAUCUGGAAGUGAUUUAACAUUCCCCGAGGAGAGGACUUCGAUCAGCCGUGAUCCCUGCGCUGGUGGUUUGAUAACAACACCGCUAAAUAUCGGGAACAGGGAGGCUAAAGCAAACGGUGAAGCAGGAGUGGAAACAAGCCGUCAGGAGUACUAACGCCAUCUUCAGACGUAUCGUCCUUAAAUCCUUCAAAUCUUCAGGUGCAUUGAGAAAUCAAACCUACAUGACAUCACAGAAUUCACACCAUCAGAGGAGACGGCGUUCACAUUGACUUUAUCAAAAGUUGAAAUCGGUCACAAUAAGAGGAUUAACCACCGAGUCUGAUCACUGUGAGGAGACAACGGUCUUAAAAACACCUGAAGCUCUUCAAGAGUCAUUCAUUUAAAAGCUUUUAUUUUGAAGGACUACAGCGGUAGUCGGAGUGAAAACAUGCCUCUGAACCAAGCGGAAACCUCCGGCCUCCAAAUAUGAAGCCCAUGCGGAAGUGUUAUAAGCUGCAGUUCAUCGAGCGUCCACUAGAUGCUGGCUGCAGAAACACAGGAAACCACAUACACACCCAUUCAAAGAAGACAGAGUUCUUUUAGCAUUUCAUUCAAAACUACCAAAACUGGAACGAUUCCAAAGAGCAAAAAACUGCAGUUCCUCCAGUGCCCACUAGGGGCUGGCUCCAAAAGUGGUGCAAUCUCCAUAGAGCCCCAUGUUAAGAUCUUUACAGCAGAAAUAAACAUGUUUACAGCCUGGUUCAAAAAAACGGCUUGGCUCUACGUAGCUAAUCUCUCUUUCGGCACACACUGUACAGGGGGUGAAUUUUUUUCUAACGCGACGGUUCAGAAGAUAUUAAGAUUACAAGAUUUGCCCAAAUAAGGACAUGACAGGCGGGAACACAGCUGUUGGCUAGGAGGCUCAAACCCCGCCUCUUUACGUCACACUAAGGCUGUUUUUGAAACCGCCUACUAUACCAGCAGUGCGUACUGAUUUGGCCAAAAUUCAGUAUGUAGUAAGUGAAGAAGAGCAAAAUCUGCAGUCUGCCAAAAUAUAAUGAAAUUUAAAUGCACAGCCUAAGUUUGGUGGAGUCCAGCAUUUCCAAUAUGGCUGCCGCCACAAUUGGCUUCAAAACAGCGCUCAGGAACAGACGGGUGACAUCACUGAGACUAAGUCCAUUAUUUAUACAGUCUAUGAGCCUGAGGCCUUCAUCAGGGCAGGAAAUAUUUUUAACAUUUCCUCGUAAAAAUAAGACUUAAAAUGUCAAUAUUUUGUAACUUAAACUUUAAUUUUACCUAAAAGUGACAUUUUUUAAAAUAAUAUUUUUCUCUUCUCCCUUGAAAUAUUUCACACACUUUUCUCUUCUAAAGUCCUGAAACUUUUGAUUCGUUUGAAGUCAGAAUUUAUUCCAGGUACCUUUUAAAGGACAAUUCCACUUUAUUCUAACUUGUUCGUAAUGUAUCCACGAUGUGUCGGAUGUUGUUCUCCUCACAGUGACGCUCAGACUUUGUCGAGGUAGAAAUGAGGAAUGUGAUCGGUGCAACAGAAGAAAAAAAAAAACACUUUCAGGAUUAAUUUUUAAACAUUUUCAGAGACUUCAUGAUGGAGAACGACGGAGGAAUCAAAGAAAUGUGCUUUUGUAUUUCUGAAAUCACUCAGUGGAUUUAAAAGCUUUGACAACAACCAAACGUUUUCUGGACUCAACCACUGGAAACACUUUCAGGAAGCCCCUCCCUCCGUCUCACGGAUCUAAAGCUCUGAGGACUUCACAGUUUUGUUUCCCUCAGAUGAACUUCUCUUUCCUUCGCUGCCUGACCUCCUCAUCGUCUUCAUCGUGUGCUGUAAAUAUCUUCUUGUACAGUUUGUAGUUUUUCUGUGUGACGGAUGUUUUCCUGACAAAA